UUCAGUGCUCCCCGUCGAACUCUCCAUUCGAGUGUUGGUAUCUGACCUGCUUUAGAGAAUUGUAUUUGCCAAUACCUUCGAUUCCGUCCGCCACCUAUGGAUCACGAACCAGUCGGCCCUCAUCUCCCGCCCUACCCUCCACACGUUUCACACGGUCGUCUCCUCCUCGCAAGGUUUCACUGUUGGGACAUCCCCGUGGGACGAGUCAUGCAAAAACCGUCGCAAGGCUGCUGCCACUGCUCUAAACCGCCCAGCUGUUCAAUCCUACAUGCCAAUUCUUGACCUUGAAUGCAACGUUUCCAUCAAAGAGAUCUUUCAUGAUUCCAAGAACGGCACAGUCGACAUUGAUCCUAUUGCAUACUUCCAGAGAUUUGCUCUGAACACAAGUUUGACACUCAACUAUGGCUCGAGAAUUGACGGGAAAAUUGACAAUGAGCUGCUGCAAGAGAUCUGUCACGUUGAGAGAGUCGUGAGCAACUUCAGAAGUACUAGCAACAACUGGCAGGACUAUAUUCCGCUUAUGAGGUUAUGGCCGAGUAGCAGCAAGGGCCCAAAAGAGUACAGAGAGCGCAGGGACAAGUACUUGAGCUUUUUACUAGCUAGGCUCAAGGGCGAGAUCGAAAGAGGAGUUGAUAAGCCUUGCAUCACUGGCAACAUUCUCAAAGACCCAGAAGCGAAGCUCAGCACAAACGAGAUCAGGUCGAUCUGCCUUACCAUGGUCUCUGCAGGUCUCGAUACCGUGCCAGGGAACUUGAUUAUGGGAAUCGCAUAUCUCUCGUCUCCUCACGGCCAGGAAAUCCAAAAACGCGCAUACGACGAAAUUAUGAAAGUAUAUCCCGAUGGAGAUGCCUGGGAGAAGUGUAUUUUGGAGGAGAAAGUAUCUUAUGUCACCGCCUUCGUUCGUGAGGUGCUUCGCUUCUUCAUCGUAAUUCCCAUCUGUCUGCCACGAACGAGCAUAAAGGAUAUCAAGUACGAAAACACAGUGAUCCCUGCCGGAACAACCUUCUAUAUGAACGCAUGGGCUGCAGACUAUGAUGCGACCCAUUUCAAGAGCCCACAGGGAUUCUCCGUUGAGCGCUAUCUUGACAAUCUCGAGGGUUCCGGUGGAACUCCACAUUUUGCCUACGGUGCUGGUUCUCGUAUGUGCGCUGGCUCGCACCUUGCCAACCGCGAAUUAUAUGUCGCGUUUAUCCGCAUGAUAACGGCUUUCCAUAUCGAUCCGGCUCAGAAGCCAGAGGAUCUUCCUAUUUUGGAUGCGUUGGGAUGCAACGCUAUUCCGACGUCUUUGACAACUGAACCAAAGCCAUUUAAGUGCGGUUUCCGUGCUAGGAACUCAGAAUCACUCAGGCAGUGGAUUCAGGAGAGUGAAGAUAAGACGAGACACUUGUCUACCUGAUGAUUGGGGCAUGGUAAAGGAGUUGGGAGAGUUUUUUUAGAUUGUGCGUUCGGUGGCAACGUUCCAGAACUUAUACCUGGGGUGUGCAGUUAAAUGUAUAUAGACCGUUACUAUUAUGGGUUGAAUAAGCAAAAAAUAUCUUAAUCUGAGGUCUUUAUGUUGUCUUCGCAUACUCCAUACGCAACUAUUCAUACA